ACUGGUGGUGGCGGCGGCGGCGGCGGCCCGGGCUCCGGCUGUCGGGGAAGCUGCUGAGCUGUGAUGGUGAUGACGAGUGCCUGAUCAACUUUCUAGCGGGAGAACGAUCAUGGAGGUGGUGCCAGCCGAGAUUGCUAAGAAGCCUCGAACGCCAACCUCUGGUCCAGUAAUCACGAAGCUGAUCUUUGCAAAACCAAUUAAUAGUAAAGCAGUUACAGGACAGACAACUCAAGUUUCACCACCAGUCAUUGCAGGUAGGGUUCUUUCACAGUCUACUCCCGGAACUCCAUCAAAGACCAUAACAAUAUCUGAAAGUGGUGUUAUUGGAUCAACUUUAAAUUCUACAACACAGACACCAAAUAAAAUAGCCAUCUCACCUUUGAAAUCGCCAAAUAAGGCAGUGAAAUCAACUGUGCAGACCAUCACUGUUGGAGGAGUGAGCACAUCACAGUUUAAGACAAUUAUUCCUCUGGCAACUGCUCCCAAUGUCCAGCAGAUUCAAGUGCCUGGAAGCAAGUUUCAUUAUGUCCGACUUGUUACUGCCACAUCAGCCAGUAGCUCAACCCAGCCAGUUAGUCAGAAUCCCAGUACAAACACUCAGCCUCUUCAGCAAGCAAAGCCAGUGGUUGUUAAUACAACCCCAGUGCGGAUGUCAGUUCCAAUUGUCUCAGCUCAGGCUGUCAAACAAGUUGUUCCAAAACCAAUCAAUCCAACUUCACAAAUAGUAACUACUAGCCAGCCACAGCAACGGCUUAUCAUGCCUGCCACACCACUGCCACAGAUCCAGCCCAACCUCACUAACCUGCCACCAGGCACUGUCCUGGCACCGGCUCCGGGAACAGGGAAUGUGGGUUAUGCAGUGCUUCCAGCUCAGUAUGUUACUCAGCUACAGCAGUCUUCAUAUGUAUCAAUAGCAAGCAACUCUACCUUUACUGGAACAUCUGGUAUCCAGACCCAGGCACGGCUUCCAUUCAAUGGCAUAAUCCCAUCAGAGUCUGCCAGUCGGCCCCGAAAGCCCUGUAAUUGUACAAAAUCACUGUGUUUGAAAUUAUAUUGUGAUUGCUUUGCAAAUGGUGAAUUUUGCAACAACUGCAAUUGUACUAAUUGUUAUAACAAUUUGGAACAUGAAAAUGAAAGGCAAAAAGCAAUAAAGGCAUGCCUUGACAGAAAUCCAGAAGCCUUUAAGCCUAAGAUUGGGAAAGGAAAGGAGGGAGAAUCUGAUCGACGUCAUAGCAAAGGAUGUAAUUGCAAACGAUCAGGAUGUCUUAAAAACUACUGUGAAUGCUAUGAGGCAAAAAUAAUGUGUUCCUCAAUAUGCAAAUGUAUUGGCUGUAAGAAUUUUGAAGAAAGCCCGGAAAGGAAGACAUUGAUGCAUUUGGCAGAUGCAGCUGAAGUAAGGGUACAGCAACAAACAGCAGCCAAGACGAAGUUAUCCUCUCAAAUUUCAGACUUGCUUACUAGGCCAACACCAGCUUUAAAUAGUGGAGGCGGAAAAUUGCCAUUUACAUUUGUAACUAAGGAAGUAGCUGAAGCCACAUGUAAUUGCCUCCUUGCCCAGGCAGAGCAGGCAGACAAGAAGGGAAAAUCAAAGGCAGCAGCGGAACGGAUGAUACUCGAGGAAUUCGGACGAUGUUUGAUGAGUGUCAUCAACUCUGCAGGAAAGGCAAAAAGUGACCCUUGUGCCAUGAAUUGCUAACUCUUGCACAAAAGACUGAUAAAUGGAACUGUACAGAAAAUUUAAGGUGCCAGGGACACUUGAUUUUCUGCAAGAAAAACAAUUACUGUAUUUUAAUUCAGUCCUUGUUUUAAAAGACCUGAAAUUAUAAUACUGAAGAGGAAGAAAUUUUAAAUGAGGAAAUUAGUACAUUUUAAAUCUUAGUUAAAUCUGCUUAUGCCCCUUCUAAAUUGAAUUUUUCUUUAUUAUAUAGAUUUUUAAAUUUGCUUGGGUUUCUUAAGAAUUAGAUGUUCUCUUUCUGAUACCUUUAACAAAAAAUGUUUAUAAAUUCAUAUAAUUUAUAAUGUAUGGUGUUGUAUGACUUUGUUAGUAGAAAAGCCAAAGCAGCAAUGGUUAGCACCCAUUCUUUGGGACUUGAUCUAGAAUAUAUGCAGACAGAAUGUUACAUAAACAAGUUCUUAUGAAACACAUUCAAAUGACAUUUUGUAUUUAGAAUAGGACUAUCUUUUAAAGGAAAAGUCAGCCUUUCUGGGCAGAUUCUGGAAUAAUAUCCUGUUGUCACUUUGGGAAUGUCAGAAGGGGAAAUAAUCCCCAGGCACACUUUAAAAAAUUUUUAAAGUUAUUUAAAAAAAAAACAUAUAAAAUAUUAAAGGACAGUAAAUAAUUCUCAGAGGAUGGGCAAUGUGUUUCUGUCAUAAGGAAUGGCUAACAGAUGCUCUGGGCUGUCUCCCUUUUCUUUCAAAGAGGUGGUAUGUAUUUGAAGAAAUAAAUUGUCAAAGUGAUUACUGGGUACUACUAAAAUGAUAGGUGGAUAUAAAUAGAAGUAAACAUAUUAUGUAGUGAUAAUAUAGAACCUAACAUAGUAAUCAAGUAUAAAAUUUGGCAUGGGUGGAGAAACAAAGACUAGGGAAGCUACAAAAGAUGAAUUUAGAGAAGUUUUCAUCUAUACAAUCAGUCAUUUUUAUAGACUUUUUUUUUUUUUUUUGAGACAGAGUCUCACUGUGUAGCCCAGGCUGGAGUGCAAUAGUGCGAUCUCAGCUCACUGCAACCUCUGCCUCCCGGGUUCCAGCGAUUCUUCUGCCUCAGCCUCCCGAGUAGCUGGGACUACAGGCACCCGCCAGCAUGCCCGGCUAAUUUUUUGUAUUUUUAGUAGAGAUGGGGUUUCACCGUGUUAGCCAGGAUGGUCUCAAUCUCCUGACCUCGCAAUCCGCCCGCCUCGGCCUCCCAAAGUGCUGGGAUUACAGGCGUGAGCCACCAUGCCCGGCCCUUUUUAUAGAUUUUGGAACUAAGAGGUUUCAGAUCAAUUCACAACUCUUACUUGAUUUGCAGAAACGGGCCUGCUAACAAAAUUUUCAAAAUUGCAGUGGGAUUUCUUUUUAUAAGGGAAGUUUAAUAUGACAUUAUUUUCAGCCAGUGAUUUGGAAGGUCUGUUUUCCUAUAAUUACUAAAAUAACCUAAAUCAUUUUCAGUAAUUCAAAAACUAUGAAUUUAAGAGCCUGUUGUAACAGGACUCUUGAUUUUAUGACAAGAAAAAACCAUGUUGGAAUUCAGGCAUUUUGUUAGGUACCUUAAUUGUCAGUAAUUAGUAUAUGAUUAUUGCAUUUCCUACAAGGACUCUAUAGUUGUAUGUAUUAAGUGUGUAUAUAUGUUCAUAUGAACACACAAGAUAUAGGCAAUAGAAAUUAAGUAAUCUAAAAGAGGAUUCCGUUAUUCACUAAAGUAUCUUCCUUUUAAAUUUGGAUUUAUAAAAUCAUAGUGCAGUAACUUUAAAUGUAGAUAGUGCAAACAUUCUUAGCACCUCAAUCUAGUAUGUUUAAUUAAAAUUUGUAUAAAUGUAAAUUAGUGUAAGAGGGUAAAAUAAUCAAGUUAUUUUUCAAAAGACUGCAAUAAGUUUUUGGUCUAAACUUAAACUUUGUUCAUUUUGUACAUACUCUGUGUUAAUUCUAAUUGCACCUUUGUGAUGUGUAUUUAUAUACAGUGUGCAGAAAAUGUUCGUGAAAUUUUGAUUACAAUUGUAGAUUAUGUAUGAUGGCAUUGCUUACGAAUGUUUUGCUUGUAAAAAAAUUUCAAGGUGCAAUCAAAUGCUACUAGUUUUUCUGAUUUUCAAAAAUCUAUCUAAAAUAUUAAGCUUUUUCCUUCCUGUGUAGUACUUACUAAACAACUUUUUGUAUUCAGGCAUUUGCAUCAAAUUGCUGAACAAGAUGAACAGCCACAUUAAUUCAGUGAUUUUAAAAGACUAUUUGGGGAGGGUUGGGUAUAUAAUUUUUUAGCUCUAUUUACAUCCCAAAGUAGAAAGAUUAAAUUUAUAUUUACUAGAGCUAUUCAAAGAAUACACUUUUCUAUAUUGUAAAAACAGGACAGCAAAGUAAAUCAUACAGAAAAUAAACAUUUAUACUAUUCUGUAAAAAAAA